CACGUUCGCUCACAAGCGCGAGUACUCAUUUGCUCGGCCGCCGUUCGCUCACCAGAGCCGCCCGCCCCCCUUCGUCAGAUUUCGAGCGCAAACCGCAAACCCUUCCGCCCUUCUCCUCCUCCUCGUCGGCGUCGCCCGCCUCCCUUCGCCGGAGGCUCGCGUCCAGGCCCGGCCCCCGCCGCCUCCGCCGUCGAUUAGAUAGUACCAAGCUUGUCCUCGCUGUGCCUGUUAUGAUGAUCAUCUGUAUUCUGUGGCUGACCAGUUAAUUUAUUUGGCGCACUGCUCUUUAAGUAGUAUAUCUCAGCUCCUGAAUGUAUUUUGUACCUUGAAGUUGGUUAUUCUGGAUACUACAAUUAACUGAAGGCAGUAUUGCAAUAAGGUGCACCAUCCAUAUUGUUUAUUAUGAGAAAAAGAAUGGAGAGAAAGGAACUGUCUUUCUUGUUACUGGGACUUUCUGCAUGAGAGCAGUUGGGAGUUUGGAUAUCUAUUUGGUAUACUUGUUAUCAUGGACUGCAACAAGGAGGAAGCUAUUAGAGCAAAAGCUCUUGCUGAAAAAAAAUUGCUGGAGAAGGAUUUUGUUGGUGCAAAAAAAUUGAUUAUCAAAGCACAACAACUUUCCUCAGAGAUUGACAAUAUUUCACAAAUGUUAACUGUCUGUGACGUUCAUUGUGCUGCUGGAACGAAGGUUAAUGGAGAGCUUGACUGGUAUGGGAUACUUCAGGUACCUGCUUUCACUAAUGAUGACACACUAAUAAAGAGACAAUACCGUAAGCUUGCGCUUUUGCUGCAUCCCGACAAGAACAAGUUUGCAGGUGCAGAGGCAGCAUUUAAAUUAGUGGGAGAAGCAAACAUGACGCUUACAGACAGCUCAAAACGUACUGCCUAUGACAUGAAAAGGAGAGUCUCAGUCAGAGUUGGUGCAGCAAGACCAUCCCCUUACCAGCAGUCAAGGAGAGCUGCUCCUGUUAGACCUGUGAAUCUUCAUCAGCCCUCAAAUUCUGCAGGGACACAACAAACAUUCUGGACCAUGUGUUCAAGUUGUGGCAUGAGAUAUCAGUACUACACUGCGAUGUUGAAGAAAGCUAUCCGUUGUCAGAGUUGUUUGAAGCCUUUUAUUGCACAUGAUAUAAAUGAGCAAACUGUUCCUUCCGGGGCAGAUCGACAGUAUCCUGGGGUAAAAAAUGCAGGGGCACCACAGAAUUUUGCAGGCUGGCAGACAAAUGCCACAGGUCAACAGGCUUGGAACAAUGCAACUCCAGGGGUUCAUGCUAAUUAUGGAUCUCAUAAGGCAGCUGCAAAUACAAACAAAAUGAAGGGGGAAGAUGGUAAUAGCGCUAGUGCUGCAGGUGUACCAAAUGAGAAAACAAAUUUUGCUCGGACUUCUAAAGGUUCAUCAGCUGCAGGAUUGAAAAGGGCCAGGAGAGCCGUGUCUGAAUCUAGUGAUUCGGAGACCACCACUGAUAGUGAAGAGAUCACUGUAGAUGCUGCUGCUGCAAAUAAUGCAAUGCCGAGUCAACACAGCCGCAGGUCAAGCAGGCAGAAGCAAGAAGUUAAGUAUAAGGAAGAUAGUGAAGAGGAGGAUAUUGGUGAUGAUGGCAAUGACGACGACGAUAAUAAUGCCAGUUCUUCCAAUUUCAAAAGGUUAAGGAAAGGCGGUGUGUUGCAUGGUGAUGAUCAAAGCAACACACCAAAGUUUGAUGAAGACAAAACUGGGCAUAAUGGUCACAUGAAUGGUCUUAAUCACGAGAAAGAAGAAACAUUCAAUUCUGUUAGGAGCAAUGGUCUAGACCCAAACCUUGAUGAUGAUUCAGAAGAGGAAAAAUUUAGUUGCGCUGAUCCUGAAUUUUUUAACUUUGAUGAACUUCGAGAUGUAAGUCAGUUUAGACCCAACCAGAUCUGGGCUGUCUAUGAUAAUCACGGCUGCAUGCCAAGAUUUUAUGCUCGAAUUACAAAGGUAAAAAUGGCCCCAAAGUUUAUAGUACACUUUGUUUGGCUGGAAUUGGAUCCCACAAAUGAAGCAGAGGUGGCAUGGUCACGUGCAGAACUGCCUGUUGCUUGUGGACAUUUUAAACAUGGAACAUCAGACACAGCUAAAGAAGCUAAUAUGUUCUCCCAAACUAUUUCCUGUGCGAAAAGCAAGACAAAAAACUCGUAUGAGAUAUAUCCUAGGAAAGAUGAAGUUUGGGCCCUUCACAAGGGAUGGGACAUCGGCUGGAGUUCGGAUGCUGACAGCCACACAGAUUUUGAGUAUGAACUUGUUCAAGUUGUCUCGGAUUUCACAACAAGCACAAGCAUCAUUGUUAUGCCACUUAUAAAAAUAAAAGGCUUUGUUAGCUUAUUUAUGCAGUCUAAAGAGGCAACUCCGUGUGUGAUACCUCAGGAUAACACACUAAGAUUUUCACAUUGUGUCCCUCAUCAUUUCAUGCGUGGGACUGAAAGAGAAGGCAUUCCAGUAGGAGCUAUUGAACUUGAUCCUGCAGCACUUCCCCUUAACUUGGAAGAGGCUUUUGCUUCUGUUGUUCUGGAAAGCACAGUAAAAGGCAAGGGGGUUGAUACCAAGUAUGCUGGUUCAUCCAGUGGAAUUAAUUCUGGCAAGGGGCCUGAGAAGGUUGGGGAGGUGCAACAUGCUACAUGCAUGAAUACAGGGCUCUUUACAAGAGCAACAAAGGAAGAGAAGAAAGAGCAUCAUACUCCAUCUACUGUAGAAGGUGUGGAUGUUAAUGAGGAAUCUGAUGGCAUUGUCCAGGAUGAAUUUGAAUGUCCUGACUCAGAAUUCUAUGAAUUUACAGAAAUAAGGUUGAUUCAGAAGUUCGAACCUGGACAGGUCUGGGCUCUUUAUAGUGAUAUGGACAAGUUCCCCAAUUACUACGCCAUCAUAAAGAAAGUCGAUCUCAAGAAUAAUAAAGUACAAGUGAAAUGGCUUGAUCUCUGUCCCCAGGGAGAGGAGGAGAAAAGACUGACUGGUACAGAAGAUCGGGCUGUUGCGUGUGGAAUCUUUAGGGUUUCCUCUGGAAAUGAUGGUGCUGCGACUUACACUGGUACAGAAUCAUUUUCUCAUCCUGUGGUUGCUAGAUCAACUGGUAGAAAAAACGAAUAUGAAAUAAUCCCUCGCCUUCGUGACAUCUGGGCCGUUUACAAGAACUGGAAGGCUGGAUGGACUGCAGAAGACUUUAAAAACUGUGAGUAUGAAUUUGUGGAGAUUGUUGGCCAGACUGAUUCGUCCAUACAAGUUCAGCCUUUAGGAAAGGUGGAUGGCUACAGGGCAGUAUUUAGAAAAGAGGCAAAUGUGAAAACAAUAAGCAAGGAUGAGUACCCAAAGUUCGCUCACCACGUCCCUUGCUUCCAUCUGACAAAUGAGAAAGCAGGCAAGCUUCGAGGCUGUGUCGAGCUCGAUCCUUAUUCAGUGCCAGAGGUGUUUCUCUUCACCAGUUAAAUGUGGGAUAACCUUAUUUGCGGUGCAUCUUUAGGAGCUGAAGUUGUGAGAACCAAUGUUCUGACGAAGCUGGGCAGUCCACGUCAACAUUGUCGCAUUGGGCUUUUGGCUGUUUUGAAUACACCCAUGAAGGUAUGAACUUGUCAGGCGAAUGGGGGUCUUUUGCAUCCAUCAGUGACAGUUUACAAGCGGAUGUUCCUGCAACAGCUUUCUAUAGCGAAUUAGCAGCUUAGUAGCAUUUUGCCGUGUCUAGUCCCAAGUGUCCCCCCUUCAUUUCCUGCUUGUGUAAUCAAAAAUGCUGGAACCAUGUAAUUUAACCGUGCUAGGCUAAUUUGAUGGGAUCUCGGUAUCUUUGUUGCAACUUUGAA